AUGCACACCAAUGUCAGACAACGCGACGGACUUCCUGCACGGUCGCCCGCGUCACCGCUCGCGCAAGUGCCGCAUCGAUCGCACAUCACACACACACGCGAUGCGGACGUGAGCGCGGAGGUCGACGUUGUAAGCGCCACGACUUGCGCCUCAUCUCCAGAAGCGGCUCCUGAACAGCCGCGUCAUGUCGUUCCACCACAGCAAUGUCGGGGCCGUCUGCAGCGCGCGUCUCGGCGCCGCUGGCGGUCGCGCUCGGCAUCAGCACUGGAGUUGUCCUUACCGACGCCGCCGCCACAGCACCCCUUCACGCGUGCGCAAGCCGGUCGCGAGCAUGCGAGCGAAGAUGCACUGUCGACCGGUGUCAGCCUCAGCAGUGUCACGGCCGUGGAUAGUCGCAGCGGCAGCUCAAGCAUGCUGGAUGGCAUGCGCGUGAGCGCCGCGCUGGUGACAGUGGCAGCACACGGCAGCUCCGGGGCUGCGAGUGCAGAUGACGAGGAGCGCAGAGCCGAGCACGCGUCCGAGCUGUCUUGGAAUCCGCGCGCGGGAGCUCACCCUCUACAUGGCGCCCCACAUCAUGGUGGCAGCGCCAAGUGGAAGCGAUCUCUCGGCCACUGGCCGUGGUCGGCAAGCCACGGACGGCCAUCGCCUGCCUCACCGCAGCAGCAGCAGCAGCAGCAGCAGCCACCGCAGACGUCCCUCCCGGGCGCUCGCCCGUACAUGUGUGACAUCCCUGCCACAUUAGCAUGCCUUCUCUGCCGCUACCUCUCCCGGACACCGCCACUAUCACCUGCAGCCGCCGCAGCAGCAGCAGCAGCAGGGGUCCCUCUGCCCGAAGAUGGCGCCGCUUGCACUCGCUUUCUCUCAGUACGCUGGGGUUGCGGGGAGAUCACGGCGUCGCCGUCCCAGUCUGCUCUGCAUCGACAGCCUCCCGCGGAGGGGUGCUCGUGGUCCGCGGUGUUUUCUUCACCUUCCGCACGCCCCCCUCCUCGUCCCCCGCUGCGUGCAGCGUCGUCCUCGUCACCGCCACCGCGGCUGUCGGCUACCCAUGUCAUUAACAAGCACGAUGCCGACAAGGAGCAGCGGGGCAGCAGCUCCAGCUGCAGCCCCACGAAUCAUCAAGUCCCGCAUCGGUCGCAACAGGCGCGACAGCAGGAACACCUGUGGAACCUCCUAACGCACUACCCCCGCGACGCGAGUGCCUGUCUCGCGCUGAGUCUCAGCGUCUGCGCGGCGCUGGAUGCCAUGCGGGCAGCACCACCACCAGUGCUGCCCGUGGCAGUGCUGCAGGACAUCGCGGCGACGACGGCGACAGAGGUCCGCUUUUUCAUCAACGCCUGCGAGGAGGCUUGGCAGACGCCGGACAACACAUCACCCGAGCCAACGGCAGCUCCACUGCCGCUCGCCAGGAGCGUCGACGACGCUACGUGCAUGUGUGGCUGUUUGGUCGCGGGGCAGCUGCUCGACCCCGCUCUGUAUAGGUUUCAUCUCCUGUACUACCGCCACCACCAUCGCUAUGCGCCGUUGCGGCGGGGCGACGGCGGUGAAGGUCAAGCGGGCGAGUCGGUGAUGAGCGAUGUGCAGAACGAUGGCGAGCGCAACGCGCUUGAGGAGGCGAGGGCAGCGACUUUUGGCCACCCGCAUGUCCAGAGGCAGCCGCCUCGACACACACAGUGUGCCCCUCUUCCUCCUCAUGAUGGGUGGCAGGUUCCCGGCACCGCGGCUGAGCGGGCACCUGUGCCCGCUGCCACCCCUCCCCCUCCCCCUCCCCUUCCCCACCUCGCGCGUGUUCAAGGCACCUCGCCGACGGUGCUGCUGCCUCUCCUUGCCGUGCAGACGCUCUCCAGAUUUGUGAGGGUCUCGAGCGCGCGUCGGAGUUCGGCGAUGUCUCGCCAGCGACGGCGCUGGGGGCUGCGCGACACGCGGCGAAGUUGCCGACGCUCCUCCACCGCCCCUCCGGGGUCCACUGCGCCGGCGAAGGACAAGGACGACGAGGCGGAGGCGGAGGCGGAGGCGGAGGCAACCCGCAACUACGCUCACUUCUGCGACGAGACGGAGCGGUUGUGGGCGGUGAUGGCGAGCGUAUUGCUCGCUUGGAAGCAGCUCGAGCAGUGCGUCUCCCUGACGGUGCUGGUGCCGCGGCUGGAAUUACUUCCCUCAUCAUCGUUGCACACGCGGCAGUUCGCCCCGCAGUCACCACCCUCGCAUGUCUCGAGAUCGUCGGCCUUGUCUCCGCUCGCGCGCGCCGCUGCGUCGAUGCGGCUGCACAGAACCACUGUGGAAGGCAUCCUGCUGCACGCCGCCUUUGAGCGCGCCGCGCUCGCUCGUCUGCGCGUCCGCCUUCUCUCCCUUCCGCCGAGGCCCCGAGACACGGCGGAGGCAGGCCUGAAUGACAACGUCGCACCCUCGCUGCUCAUGAUGGAGCACUUUGUGCACAGUGAGCUGCAGGGUCGUAUUGCCCACCUGCCGCUGUGGUGCGCCGUGGCGGUCGAGGUGCUGCAGCUGUACGUCGAGCAGUCUCGCCACGAUCGCGCGCUGCGGGAGCGAAGGGCGCAGGAGGAGAACGACGGCGCUGCUGUUCCGGGAGCUGCGGGCCGCCAAGAUCACGCGGCAUGGAGCUUCGUGCACUCUAGCCGUGUGCACCAAGUCGUGCUGCUGGCCACACGCAUCAUGACACUUCCCUGCGUGUUCGCCAACAGCGUCUCCGCUCCUGCCCUGGCAAUGGACCGAGCCCAGGCACCGCCGCCACCACCGUAUCGGACGUGCAGAUGGCACCGAACCUCGCUGGCAAAUCACGCUGCGAGGGCUGUCCAUGCAUGUGGCGACUCGCAGCACGCCUCACAUGACUUCCAGGCCGCCGCAGCAGCAACGCCCGCUUCGCCUGCGGGUGCGAAAGUGGCUGUGCCCGUCUCGGCAGCGACCGUGACGCAGCUCUCGGCGGUGAUGUCCCGGCAUCCGCUCUUCGGCAUUGCCGUGGCGGUGGUCGGUGGUGGCGUACCACUGCACUGGGCCGAGGCGUGUGUGGCACCGCGCGCGAUGAAUGUCCACUCUCUCGCAACCGUGCUAACGCCGCCUCUCCCAGCACAGAUGCGCAGUUGCCGUGGCGACGGGGUGGAUGCGUGGCGUACUCAUGUCGCCGCUAUAGCGGCAGCAGACACUGAGGCACAGACAGAGCUGCGUCGUUUGGUGCAACUUCUCCACAAGUGGCUGCGAGAGGCGGAAAGGCGUCCAUGA